UCCGAGUGUUUUGUAGGAUCUUAAUCGUGGUGUUAAUUCUUGACUUUCACUUCAGUGCGACACUUUUUUCCUCUUGUUGUCACGGAUACAAGAGCCUCAACCUGUAGCCUCACUAAAAAGCUCAAUGUUUCUCUGGGGCAGCCGGAGCCGCAGGCGAAGCUAACAACUCCUGACUUUUUAAAAUUGAUUUCCAUACCUUGAUACUUUGAAUAUCCAACUACCAUGCCGCGCACCUACAUCAGAGGCGAGACUCCCGAGUCUGAAUUGCCUCGCGACAGCACGACAUUUUUGGCAGUGGGGUCGUCUCGCAAGAACACAAGUUCAAGUUUUUAUCAUCACGCAGCACGAGAAGAAUCUCCCUCCUGUGCCUCGUUUUCGUAUCCUGUAGAUGAAACUUACUCGUACUCGACUUCUACAAGGAUAAAAACGAGCAAGAGAGCGGACGAGCUGCGCACGCACACACGACCACACCGCUCUACUUCACCUAGUAGCUCUUCUUUAAGCUUACGGGCGACUAAGCCGAAGCCUAUCUUCCCUUGUUGGGCGGUGGUCCUUCUCUGUUGUCUCGGAGGUUUAGCGGUGUGCGGGGCGCUAGUCGGCGUUUUGGUGUGGUACUUUGAUCCAAAUAGAAGUGGCAGCGAAGGACCACCAUCUCCUGGUAAUGAAAACGACAAGCGGCUUUCCGUGCCCCUGGUUCCCAUCAACUUCGAUGAGUACUAUUACGGAGAAAAUAGUUCGAGAACUACUUCCGAUGGUGAGAACAACGGCCGCAGGAAGAACCGGCACAGCGGAAUUCUCGUGGACCAGAUUGCCAAGAACUUGCGGUACGGGGAGAAUAUGGGAAGAAGUAGAAAACACCACAAAACGACAGAAGACCACGCAGGUCCACCUCAUUUCGAUUUCCACAUCGACUCGCUCGGCUUCCUCGUCGGGGAUAGCGUGCUGGAUAACAGCGGGUUUUUGGAAAUUCCCAACACCGAACUGAAGGAAAAUUCCCUUCUAUCAAAUGUAAAAAUGUCUGGGUCUGGAAGAAUGCAACUUGUAAUGCGUAUUUCAGGACACAGAAAAGUCUCUCAUGCAUACGUAGCAAAAGCUCCCACUUUUUGUCAGCAAAAUAGGGGACUUGUCAUGCGGAUUCUGCAUUGCGGAAGGUUCUCGAAACCUGUGAUGCUAGAGCUUCCAUGCCAGACCUUCUGCGUCAUGCAAAAACAGCAUGACUCUUCCAGACCCAAACACUUUUACAUUUGAUACCUUCCGUUCUCCUACGAUUUGUUUAUGGAGAAGCAAAAGCCCGACGUGGCCUACUGGGCCAACUAUUACCUGUACCGAAAAGCGUUGGAGGAAAGGGAAAAAAGGGAGAAAGAGCACGGUCGUGGAGGUUUUGAUACCAGUAUAAGUAGCCAUGGUCCUGUGCCUUUAUCUCAAGUGGUGAUGGCAGCGGAGGCAGGGAGCUCGCUAAAGGACCGGAUUGUUGUUGUCAAUUCUGGUGCUCAAAAUGGAGAUCGUCGAGGCGCGGAAAAACAGGAAGAUGAGAGGGUAGAAGUUGCAGAGUCGCCAGAGGUCGCUGCUCGCUCGGACUCUCACCCUGAUAACACAGGCGCCAUCAAGCCUGCAAUUUUAUUCGGGCGUGGUCUCCUGUCGCGAAACAUUGAUGUGCUUGAUGUCGAACGAGCGCAAAACAAAGAAGGCCAAGGUUCUGACAAUGAAAAUAACUCUCCCGCCACUUCUGACGGAGCCACCACCACGAAAACAACUUCCGUCGUGAAGAACGACACUUCCGUGCGCGAGAACCUGCAACGCGGGGACACACUGUUCGUGCACGUGUCCGGAAAUGACUUUUACCCGACAAUUUUGGAAGAAUUCAUCGACGAAGAACUGCCUGAACUGAAGGACAAAAACUACACCGAUGAGGAUUAUCUCGUCGCCAAGAUGCUGCAAUCGAUGCGGCUGUGGGGCGGCAAGUUUGCGGUGCUGUACGAGAAGCUUUGGAAAGCGUACCUGCCGACAUAUGUGCGUUAUUUAACGGAAAGGGCGUGCGCAGCGAAGCCGGUCAAGGAACUAAAACAAAUGAAGCUCGGCAGUCUCCCCUGGCGGAAAAGAAAAUUGAAAAUUCGUGUCGUGAUCUUAUCCCUACCGAGGCCGCGGCUGUACUUUUUCCGAGGUGUUAUGUGGAAAGUGCUCGGAGGUCGUCGAGACGACCAGGAAAGCGACGGACCUGCACGAAACAACGUGAACAGAAGUGGAAUCAACCUCGCGAAACACAUCAAAGACAACGCCAUGGCGGUCUUGUUGGACCGGUUUUGGAAGGCGUCGACGCAGGCGUUAUACAAACUGGUGAAAAGUGAGGAAUUUUUGGACGCGAUUUCUUCGGCAGAAGGUGGAGUAGGAGCCAAUGGCAAUAUGCAAGAAAAUUCCCAACCCCGAGGCUGCCUCGAACUCGAUUUCACUAACACGAAAAUGACGCUGCGGGGCGAAAACACGCCGGAGCUGUACGGCGUAGACGGAUUGCACCCGAAUGUACAGGGGUCCGAAGCGCUCGGAGCACUGUUGAGCGGGGAGAUGGGGCAACGCGGCGCACCGUAGGUGAGAGAGAUGAAUGACGAGCGGCGAUUCUACAAGUCUUAUUCUUAAUCUAAGACGUUACAACUCUGUGCCACCUCCACCUGUGCCUCCGCCUUGUGCCUAAGGGGCCGGGGCGUGGCACUGCGUUUCGUUUCAGUACAGUGCCACUGUUGAGUUAUCAAAAACUACUCCUUUGGCAGCAAGCCAAUGAUAGAUUAGUAGUAAGUGGAAGUUCUUGGGCUCGACUAAACUAUCUUCUGAAGUAGUAGAACUGCAGUUACCUCCAACACGUGCGCUUCCGAAUGAAUGUAUGAUGUUUAACAACUGCACGCUUCAACAUUAAACAAACAAACUUAUCGACAUAUAGAUUUUUGGGAACACAAUGAAUGACAGUUGUUUCAAACGAAGCGUUUCAAAGUACAGGUUAACGACAUGUCAAAAUCCGCCUUGUAAUGAUUGUGACCUUUAAUGCUGAAAUGUUGAGAGUGUG